AGCGCAUAUUCCGGCACAUUCGUUUAGACUCAGCCGCACCAAGUAGACUGGAAGCUCGACUAAUUUCUAACCUACCUACCUAGUCUCUGUGAACCAAUCUUUAGCACCUGUAGUACUUAUUCUUUCAUGAUCGUUCAUCAAGUGUUUCAAUAACAGGUAGCUAAGUAUCAGUAACCACCCCCUAAUCAUGGCAAGACUCAAGUCGGGUAUUUUCCAAGAAUUCCAGGAGAGACAUUUAGCAUCACACCGUGAUUUCAAGCCUGUUAGUGUAAAGGUUAUCGAAGUAGAAAACUUCGAAGCUGAGAGACCCACUAUUCACUCCUUUAUUAUCAACCCGGAGGAUUUUGAGGCUUGGUUGGAUCAAAUAACUACUACGGAUAAUCAUAGUCACCAGAGGCCCAAAUUACGCAUCAUUCUUGGGUAUGUUGGGAAGGGAGCGAAGUACGAAUAUUUGAUGUCUGGUAACGAAUCUACCACUGGAGACAUAACUAGUGAAUCGAUGACUGCUCUGCCUUUCUCGAAAGAACAUUGUCAGCUUGUACGCAAGAAACUUGGAUUGCCAGAUAUAACGUCUUUGUUACCGUCUCGAGGGGCUUCCCCUUUAGUAGGUCAUUUUCAACUGGUACAGCUUCCGUCUGAAGAAGGCAAUCCAAUAUACGGCUUGAUCUUGAACGCAUUUACUAGCUUGCUGGUUGGUAUUAAAGUUGGCGUUUCGAUGUCAUACUGUCCUUCCACGGGUGUUACGAAUGCCGUGAUGAUGAGAAGCGGUUCGCAGGAUGGAUUCACCUGGCUCGAGCAAGACUUAGAGCAAUUGGCUUCUUUAGCUGAUAACCCUUUCCUCAUUCCUACCCUGGUCAGUCAACACCUUACCGAAGCGUUUUGUUCCGCCGUAGACCGUAACUUCGACCGGUUGCACCAAGCAGAAUUUGGAAGUGGUCAGACUGGUAUCACGAUGAUCGGAGAGAACGGGAUGCCAAUGUCACGAGGUAAUUGUGAAGAUCCGAAUCUCUCAGUUGCGGUCCUCGGAGUGGCCCAACAUGCGCUUGCCGUUGAAGCAUAUAUCAGAGGUCAACUAUUGACUGUAGAUCUGAUCAAGAAUGAAAUGUUGACAUUCCCAUGGCAACAAUCUCCCUCCAUAAACCACGACCGUAUAAAAGAGCAAAAUGGUCUUCUUGUCAAACAACUCGAUUUUAUUAGUCGAACACUCGAUAUCGCUCUUAUUCGCAUUGAUCAUCUAAAGCAUCCCGGGCACAUAGGAAUACUAGGGAACGAAACAGCGGAUAAAAAAACGAAACGCAGAGCCAAACCGGGACUGGAAGACCAUAUACCGAACGAACUUCUCACUUUUAUAUACCUGAAAAGAAUAAAUAAAAGAAAAUGCUAAUAUUUAUACAAGAAUUGGUAAAUUAAAAAAAGCCUAAAAAAAUACAAAAAACUCGGGCUAUACAUAACGCGUAUGCUACUUAAAAAGCUAGAAUUAACACGCCUUAUACUUUAUAGGUUUAUUGCCAAACGAAGUGGCCAUAGAGAUUUUGCAGUCUAUUACGCGAGGUUUAGAUACCCCAAACGCAAUAGGCUAUGCCAAUGCGGUAAAAAUAU